CGCAUCAUCUGUCAACAGAGUGCGAAAAUGCGAUUGGUCACCCCUCCGCACCGUCAGCUUUUGUUCGCGCAGUUUUGACUCCAGCAUGACCUGUGUACUUGCAUUUUCAGUCAUGACAUAGAGUCGGAAUGUGAAGAACAGGCUCCUCGCCGACGUCUCUUUGACCUUUAAUCGGCUUAACUCAGCAGCGAUUGGUUGCCUCCGAUAGACGACCAACACUGCCAAUGUGAUUCCUUGCCUGAGAAAGUGUUUCGGUGUUUGACCUUGAUAGGAGCUUCCGCCCCCAGACUUCCCUGACUGUGUGCUUAAACAUCGACUAAUGAAGUGUCUGGCGGCAGCUAUUGUUAAGAACAUAUUGGCUGAGAAAGCGCCCUCGGACUGGUGCAAUGGACAUUCCCACCUUCAUGGCGGUCCAGGCAUGGUCAUCAGGUGAUGGCUGUAGAUGUGCGCGAUGGAAUAACCCGUGAAUCGACCUAUUGGCUGCGCCUUCAUAUUCGAGCAUCUACUCGGGUUUCUAGAUUCAUAGUAGAGAGAUCUGCUUACUGGCAACUUAGCUGCCAGCGUACUUCUCCGGAGGAGUGAAAAUUUCACACUGAAAUUCGGUUAUCGCAAAUUUCAAGGUCUACGAUGGUCACACCAUGCGCGGUCUCGUAGGAUUCCCGAAUUGCUAAUAGCUGUAGUCACCAACUUGCACUGAUGCGGCAGGAAUCUCUAGACGACGGGAUCUGUUUAUUAACACUGCUGCGAACUACCCGACGUGUAUGGCGGUGACUAAUAUUGGAACGACCGUCAAGUUACGUAAUAAACGGUCACGGACCAUACAGUGAGAUUACCCUUAGGCAUGCUUAGAUACCGAUCUGGUCAAUCGGUUACAGAUAAGAAAAGUUGCGAUCCGCAGCGAUAGUAAGACAUGGCGAAUACUGCAUUUCGUCCAGUAAAGCUUAACCCGCCGCUAAUUGGUACAAUCUGGCAGCCUUAAACUGUUCUGUCAGAGGGUGAAUUCAGAAGUUCAGCCCGACAUCUAGAAACUGCUGAAAACCAUCCCUCCACCGAUCCGACCCCUGCAAUCACUGUCUGGAGAACCACGGCGUAACUGACCCUUUUUGGGCGAUCAGAUCGGUUGAAAUCACCGGGUCUGCCUUGAUCUUCAGGAGGACCCAUCUGCCUACUGACAAAGUCCACCGACCUGGCCGAGUUGGUAGGCUGCUAGGCUAGGUGUCAGCAAAGAAGGCCCUCAUCUAGAUUUAGACUCCAGUGCGGUUUUGAACUUCAUUUGCAACCUGCUCUACACUUCUCAGUCUUCUGGAUAUUUGCACACUUCGCACCAAAAAGCAUUUUACCGGUUUUUGCUCAACCAGUUAAGUGUUACUGCCGCUAAUUCUCUGUUCUGAGCCCAUCCAUUCGAUUUAGUGUUUAGAAUAGCUUAAUCUCAGUUAACUAGGGUGAAUACUCGCCGUCCUUCCUUCAUUCUACCCUUUUUAUUGAGCUACGGGCCUGCCGAAAACAAGUACUAGGUUUCCGAGGGAGAGCCCUUGUUCAGUGGUCAACAUAACCGUCACUUUUAUGCACUUCUUUUUUUUCAGCCUCCGCUCUUCCGUUGGCUCAAAAUCAACUUUGGUGAAGCCUUCUCUAUAAUGAUGCAUGUUAAGGCGUUACGCGUGUUCGUCGAAUCAGUAUUGAGGUAAGCGCCCUUCUUUGAGUCAGUCUGUUGGGGCAUUCUGCUCUACUAGCCUGUUUAUUAUAGUCACAGAUAAAAGUCCUACUGUUAGAGGGCUUUCCAUCUCAUUUUUGAGCGGGCGAAGUCUAUCAACGGGUUUUGUUGCCUGACAAUGAACGACGGGCAAUGCACGCAAUCCACUUCACAUCCCAUCUGAGUAUGGUUCGAUCUAAUUUCACAAUGCCGUCGUUGGUAGUAUCGUCCUGCGAUGCAGUGUUUCCAAUGUCAAGGUCACCGUGCUGUGGUCGGUUCAUCUACCAAGGCUUCGGACAGCGCAGUUUUCUCUCCCUGCGCCUCCAACCACCGAUGAAGACAGUAGGUAGUGUGCACGUGCGCGAACAUUACAAUAGCUCAGAUUAAAGAUACGGAUGGUCCCAAAUAAAGUAAUUGAAGCGUCAUUUGGUUUCGCGAUGGCAGCGGGGAGGGGGGCUAGUGUCUUCUGGACUGCUAGCGUCGUUCAAUGCCUAGGUGCAUAAGAUGAUCGUUCCACUCUAGCACUAAUUCCUAUUUAUGCCUCCAUUAAUCUGUUCUCAGCGUAACCUCUGUGCCCCGAAAGCCACACUGACGGAGGGACUUAUCCAGGCGAGUGUCACCUGCCCAGUAAAAUCGAUUGCGAUCUGGCUCCCUCGCCAGACAGGAGGCAACCUAACAGAUCCUCAUGGUCUCUUUUCCUAUGAAUUCGAAUAUAAAUGUUACUAAAGUAUAUUUAGUAGGGUGUCUAUUCCACAUCAAAUCAUCGCGUUGCUUGGAGGACGGAUCCACCGUGUUCCUGAGAUGCGUUGUCUUCUCAGCUGGGCCAUACCUUUAAGUCAGUGAUUGUCCACGCGUUGCCUGGAGGCCCAACCGUCUCAGCCCCAACCACAACAGGGAGGAGAAUCUCCCUUGUUUCCCCGAACUCGUUGUGAGAAAAACGGAGUGUUCUAGUUUAUCCAGCAAAUCUACUUCGUGGGCCACCACUCUCGUUCUCACAGACUCGAUCUCGACACUAUUUGAAACGGUUGUUCGUUGGCGCCAUAGUUUAGGUCUCAUAACAGCAUGGAGGUGAAAAUAAGGCUGCGUGUCGCUGACUGUGAGAACAGCGAUACUCCGUUUAAGUCAUGCCACGUAUGAAUGCUGAGCUUAGUUCUAACAUUGGCAGUUUUUAACGGAACUCCGUUAAGAAAGCAUCGUAGAGGGUCGUUCUUUCACCCUCGUUGUCUGUAGUCCAUUCCUUUCGAAGGAUUUGACUUCUCUAAUUUGUAUUUCAGUUGUGCUGCAACCUACCCGGUGCAAUUUUACGGCGUAGUGUUUUUAGUCUCGUUAUUCCUUCAUCUGUAGCAUGUGUCACUUGUUGUUUGGCUUAAACAACAAAUCAUUUACGUUUAUUGUGAGGAGAAGCGACCCAACAACAGACUCUUGGUAGAUACCGCCUCUACCAAAAACUGAAGUCGAUACGCAUCUCUCGCCAUUGUCCCCCACAGACGAAACUUUCAAUCUGCUGCAAUAGGUUGUCUCAAAGGCCUAUGUUAUACAAGUUUUCGAAGAGCUGCGUGUGUGUGUGUGACGUGGUCACUCGUCUUGCUGAAGUUGAAAUGGGCAAAUUCGACCACAUUUUCGAUAUCUAAGUUUUUUUAUUCAUCUUGAUAUAGGACCGGUUUUGUCUCAGCAAAGUUACCUGUCCACCUACCGAGUCAUUUCUCUUCCGUGCGUCAAGUACGCUUUAAGCUCGCUGGUCAGCAAUCGUCUGUCUGCAUCAAUGACCCGUUCGUAUGAAUCUGUUUAACUUUUAUCGGCGUAUCACAAUCAAGUAACAGCUGGAGUAUGUUACUGGCGGUCUCAACUAUCACCCUUAGGAAGCUGUCUCAACAUUAUCGCAGGGACCUCGUCUGGUCUUCUCAAUGUUGACAGUUAGAAAACCUCGUUGAGGCUAACUUCCUCACUGUCCAGGCAGAAAUUCGACGCCACAGCAAAAAAGAGCGUCUUUCUAAACGGUACCGGUGGCCGUACUUUCAGUUGUGUUGGUAGCCGCAAUAGUAGUAGUAUUAGUAGUAGUUGUUGUUGUGCGAUUUUGUUCGGCCGUAUUCUAUUUUCCCGUCCAUAUCGCCUUUUUAGGUAUGGAUUGCCCGUCGAUUUCGAGUCAGUGCUACUUCAACCCAAUAAACGGAAUGUUAAGAAGCUGCGAGACGUGCUGCAGCAGGCGUACGAGCAUCUGGACAAUCUCUGUGUGAGCAGCAUUAAGGAUGUAAGUUUGACUGCCCCUGCUGACUUUAACAAGUUGGUUACAGGCACCGGUAUUCUUGUUUGAAUCCAACAACAAAAACGCUCUUUUCGGCAUGCCGUUAUUAGUAAUUUGGCAAGCGCGGCAGUGGGCCCCGUAAAUUAUAUUAAUACAGUGUGCCUACUUAUUUUAUUUACGUAGCUCGAUAUACAUUGCAAUAGUCCGGCUUUUUCACCUAAAACGGUUGGCUACGAGAGUUUUGGCUGUCGCUUUUUUGCUAAAUUAAAGUAGGCGUUCGGCACAAAUACGGUUUUUCUACAGCAUGACGCUGGAGCGAGAAAUCCAUCUUGUGGUAAAUUUCAGGGAGAGCACUUAUUCCCGUGUCUUCGCCAAAAUCUUAAUCCUAACCUUACCGUAGACCUUAACCCUGGGAUUUUGCGCAAGGCCGCCUGCAUUGUAGGGGUUCAUAUCCCCUCCCUGUCCUGUCUUUUCUGCUGGUUAAUUAACCUAAACCUCCACCUACACUUUCUUGGAAGGCGCUGUUAACUGCAGUGAGCCUCAGGCAUUAUCGCUAAAGUAUGCCAAGCUACUUAAAUCAAAUAGGUAGACACGAUAUAGGAGUGUUGGUUCGGGAGUUCCUGUUCGUGUCAUACCCGGUUAGCUAUCAAAAUUUCUUAAUUUGCCUAACUUACGCCCUGUUCGUGCUAGCAGUGAUGACGAACUGAGCAGGUUCAGCACAAGGGACCCGCAUACUUCAGUGCGUGUAAUUUCUAACUUACGGCGGGUGAUGACGAUCGCAUGAUGCUAACUUUUGGUUAGGGCAUUCUAGGCGUGUCGACGGACGACCCCUUUUUUGCCAAUAUGAGUCCCUUAGCUGGUGAACGACUGAAGCCAAAGCCCACUUGGGCGAACGAUUCGGUUGGACUGGUUAAGCAUCUGCGCUGCUGUCAUUCCUAGGCAACAAGAAGAGAGCCAAGAGGCUCUUUGGUGAUCCAGAACUAUCCUCGUGAACUUUCUGACCCAAGGCUGACGCUCGUCAAACGGUGCUCAAGCAUAACGUGAGAAUAUUGACUAGUACUUCCUUACCCUAUCUCAUCAUACUUCUCUCGGUUGUUGCUAAUAGUUUCCCGUCUGUCAGCCUGACCACGGACUGCCGGGCGCAUGCACAUGGCGCAUUGUGCGACGGACAUCAGUGAUGGCUCGUUGUAGAGUUAGCGGGUUUUCGAGUUUAGUGAAUAAGUCAUCAUGACUCCUGCAGCGGGAGCACGUUGAAGCACGAAGGAGCGCCGAUCGGACUUAUUGGCUAUUCACAGAAAGACCACAAACCGUAGCCGUAUGACGACUUGAAUAACCUUAUCCGUCACCCAAUAAGUCUUAACUCGCCGCCGCCCGGCAGCCUCAAGUGCUGAGGUUCACCGUCAGAUCCAGAAACUGCAGCGACGCAUCCCUCUACCCUGGGUAGUCACGGCCAACCAGGCAUUUGAACGCUCAAGCGAUCUGACUCAGUGUUUUUCGGCAGGACUUGGGCGUACGGAGGAACUGUUUCCUCCUCACUUACAACUUCCACCAACCUUCUGGCCGAGUAAGUAAGCUGUUUGGUCAUGUAUCAGUAGAACAUGUACUCUUCGAGCAAGAUUAACGGUAGUUAAAACAAUGAGUAUUGGACGGUUUUUCCUGUCAUCCACAAACUGACAAUUUGUGAUUACAAAGCUAGGGCACGCGAAUGCACCAUCCAUGGACAGAAAUAACUUUUGUUCCCAUCUACCCCGUCCCACAUAGGAGGAAAUCUCCGGCCCAGGCUUUACACACGGGGAGUACUACCCCUACGUGUCAAUCAACCUCGAGACUAACAUGAUCGAUGCUCAAUGA